CGUGUCACGAUAGUUAACGGCUGAUUAAGAGCUCGAUGAUUUUACAGUCCUGUAGGGGUAUCUCAUUCACCCCUCCUUGCUUGCCAUGACUACUUGCUCCAUCCUGGUGCGGGGACACGGGCAGCGACCGGUCGACCGAGGCAAGAGGCAGCAAAACCACGCUGCACCUACGAUAGGCCUCGGCAUGUCGAGAAUUCUAGAGCUGCAGACCUCGGAAUCAUCUCCGUUCCUGUGCCGAGAACGGGAAUCUUUUUUUUUUUUUUUUUUCAAGAACAAAGUGGUCUAUUGUGUCUUUCUUGGGGGCGGUGCUGCCGUCCGUACGGUUGUGGAGUUUGGAAGAGUGGAGGUAAAGAACGAGUGGGGAGCGAUAAGAACAGGCGUAACCUGUUGUCGACCGUCGAGUUAUUGCACAUACUCAUACAGCACAUGCCAGAGAACAAGACAGGAGGCAAUAACCUUCUCGGCCCACGGCCCACACCAUGAGUGCUUAAUCCAUAGCGCUCUGGGUCGGGUACCAGGGCUAACAGUCCGAGGGCUCGGAAGAGGGUUAUACUGUACGGAGUACCCGACCUUAACUCGCGGAGGGGUUGUUUUGACAGACCUGACCGAGAUAUCCUGAGCGAAUGCGCAUUUUGGGGCAAAGUCGCCUACGGUUAUCAUGGCCGGCGUCUUGAGGGACAAGCCUCGCUUCAGUCGUGGACUCGAGUUGCUGCCGCUUGCUACCACGAGAGUCGGGUUGAGCGAGUCUCAUCGAACGGUACUACUGGCGCUGGCUCACUGUGACCCAAGCACGGGGCUGGGCUCCCUAGCGGGAUGUGAAACUCUCUCACCGCUGCGCCUGUCUCUCCCGAAGCCGCACACGUUUGCUUUGCUUGUGCUAGGUGUCUGAAUGGUGCUCAAAAAAAAAAAAAAAAA